AUGGAAAUCCUGGAAUCUUUCAACGAAAAUCUGAAAUCAAAAAUUGGAAAAAUAACUAUGAAAGUCUCAAAUUUCCGAAUUUCCGGAUUUUCAGGAAAAUAG